UUAAAAUGGAAAUCAAAUUGAAAAGUAUUUUGUUGGACGACUUUCAGCGUAAUACUUUACUAAAUGUUGUGGAAACUAAAAGUGCCCUUGUUGUUAAGUACUUUUUGGAACAAGGGCUUCCAAUUGAUUUGUAUGAUAAAAAAGGAAAAAAGUCCACUUGCAGUUGCUGCAAAAAAUGGUUGUUUCCACAUUGUUAAAAUUUUAGUCAAUGCAGGUGCUGAUAUUUUUUCGGCUACGGAGGAAUUGGACGAAUUUGCCAAACAAAAUGAGGACUUUUAUAUUUAUUAUCAAACUUUGAAAACGAAAUUUAAAUCUACACCAAUUUCUGAAGAAGAAGCUGUCGACGAAUCUCAAGGAAUUGAAAAUUAAAUAAUAAUAUCUAUGUUUCUUUUGUACCCUUCAA